AUGCGAUAUUUUCUUGUGGGAUGGCUGGUGGUCUUGGCCCUGAUCACGGUGGUGGAAUUGGACGCCCGCCUGGUGAGGAUUCGCCGCAUUCGUAGAUUGGUUGGAGCCGACGAGCACGAUGCCCAGAUCACGGACUUCCGGGUGUCACCAUUAGACGACGAGGGUGUGUUUAAAUACGCCUUCAAGACGAGCAACGGCAUCGAUGUCCAGGCGGCGGGAAAUGCCCUGGAGACGAUUGGCAUCUACAGCUACACCUCGCCCGAGGGCGUGCCCAUCGAGACGCGUUACAUCGCCGACGAGCUGGGCUUCCAUGUGGUUGGCCGCCAUCUGCCGCAACCCCCGCCCACGCCGGACUAUAUCCUGCGAUCCUUGGAGUACAUUCGCACCCACACGGAAGACGGCAAGCUGAAGCCGCACGUUUUUUGA